AUGGACCAGUUCAAGGCAUUCUCCUCGCAGCUCAACCCCCUCGCUGCCAAGCUCGGCAAGCAGUUCGGACAAGUCAAGCAGUUUGCUCAGGAGAAGAUGGGUACAGCAGAGGACAUUACCGAGCUUCCCCAGGAGUACAAGGACUUGGAGAAGCGCGUUGAUGCAUUGCGCAACAUGCACAACGGUCUCCUUCGUGUCACCCGCACAUACCAAAACUCGAGCUACGACUACCCCGCCCAGUUACAGGAGACCCUCGGAGAGUUUGGCCGCACCGUCACCGACAAGAUCCAGGCUGUCGCUCUCUCGCCCGCCGAGAAGGCUGCCUCCGAAGCCGCUGCCCUCGAGGAGCGCAAGGAAGCUGCCCCACCCAAGACUCUUGCCCACGCCCUUUCCCGCGCCAGUUUCGAGGGAUCAGAACAGCUCGGAUUGGAGGAGCCUAUGGGAUCUGCCUUGUUCAAGUUUGCUACCGUUCAGGAAAAGAUUGGCGACUUCAGAUUGAAGAUGGACAACGAGAUCUCAACAAAGUUUGUCGCUCCCUUCGGAACCACCUUAAACACCCAGAUUGGAUUCGCCAUGAAGGCUCGUCGCAACGUCCAGAAUGCUCGUCUCUCGCUGGACUCUGCCAAGGCCCAGUACAAGUUUGCCAGACCGGAGAGGUCCGAGGCCAGCCGAGUUGAGGUCGAACAGGCUGAGGAUCUCUUUGUCGCCGCCGUCGAGGAGGCCACUACCCUCAUGAAGACCGUCCUCGAGAACCCCGAGCCUCUUCGCAACUUGGCUGACUUGGUUGCUGCUCAGCUUGCAUUCUACAAGGAGGCACAGGAGAUCUUAGCUGAUGUUGCACCAGAGAUCGACGAGCUCUCGGUCACCCAGGAAGCUCUUUAUCGCAACAGCCGCAGCGAAUAA